UGUAAUUAGGAAUAUGUUAACGUUAAUUUUCAGUUUUUCUUUAUUGAGUCUAUAUCAAUCUAGUUGUCAGUGAAGUGACUGUUUGAUGUUCAAUCGCAGACGAUGGAUGAAUGUCGUCCUGAUCAACUCAGAGAUAUGGAAUAAGAGUGGCUAGUUUACAUAUUCAUAUCAUCUAGAGUUAGUAACUAUUUGUAAUCAAUUACGAAAGAUGUUUGCUGUAGUCAUCAAGGCAGUCUUCUUUUUCCAACUAUGUGCUAGUUUUGCUGAUUUCACCUCUGCUUCUCCCGAAGACUCAGAUUGUGGGCUGAACUUCACGUCAUCUCCAUACAAACCAAGCGGUGAAUGCGUUGCAGCUGAUCAAGAAAGCAUCCAUGAAUGGGACAGUUUUCCCACCACAAGAUGCUGCCAAAAUGCCCUCAACUUCUUCUCACAGGCAUUGGCCAAACAAGCAAUUCAACAAGGGAACCUGUUCCUCAAGAGAGAUCAAUGGGGACACUGCGCCUCUGGACCCUUUGCACACCAACCCUCUGUUUCCAUCAAUAAAUGUGGACUUGAUUCCCUCUAUCAUGAAAGCAGCCAAUGUUCUAGCCUUUCUUUGACAAAAAUUGUGCAGAAUCAGAAUUUUAAGGAUGUCAGGGACAACUGUUCAGGUUUCAGUUCCUUCAGAUUUGAUGAUGCUUGCAGGCAUUGCACGAGUGCCAUCAAAUCUUCAAGGGAUCAUUUGUUGGAUCAGUUUAAUGCCAAAGGUAAUGAUACUGAGAGAGCUAUUUGUCUUGUGGCUGUUGUCAUUUCAGUUGCUAGCACACAAUUAAAUGCUCCCUCUUUAAUGGAUGAUUUCUUCAGCUGUUUGCCAGCAUUAAAUACUUUAGAUAAGUCAAGUGAUGAUUACAUUAAAAUCAAGUAUUCUUUAGCGAAAGCAUUAAUUGCAAUCGUUUUAGCAACAUUUGGGAUGAUGAUGGUGAUCUUUCUUGUUAAGUAUGUCACAAGAAACACUAGGGCUGGACGAAAGCUUCUUAUUUCAAAGCCAAAGGAGUUUGCUUCUUGUCCAGGGCUAUAUAGUUUCUCAAAAGCUGAAAUUGAGAACGCGAUAAAUUUUGGGGAUGAGAAGAAAUUCCUGGGACGUGGUAGUGCAGGGCAAGUUUUCAACGGGGUUCUUCCCAGUGGACAAGUAGUUGCUAUCAAGCAGAUAUAUAGAAGUAAUACAUCCGAUUCUUUCAGCAGAGAACUCGAGAAUCUUUCAAGAGUUAGACAUCCCAAUCUUGUUUGCCUCUUUGGAUGUUGCAUUGAAGAUGGCGAAAAAUAUUUAGUCUAUGAGUAUUGCUCUGCUGGAAAUCUAGCUCAACAUCUUAUGAGGAAAGACCGGGUCCUAAGUUGGGAACAAAGAGUAAAUAUCUUAAGAGAUUGUGCACUUGCAUUGAGAUAUCUCCACAACUACAUAGAUGGUUGUAUUGUUCACAGGGAUAUUAAGCUUACAAAUAUCCUUUUAACAGAGGAAUUGGGAGCAAAGCUAUCAGAUUUUGGGUUAGCAAAAAUGUUGGGAAUGGAAGAAAGCAAAGUGUUUACAGAUGUACGAGGGACAAUAGGUUAUAUGGAUCCAGAAUAUAUGAGUAACGCAAAGUUGACCUGUGCAAGUGACAUUUAUAGCUUUGGUAUAGUAGCUUUACAGGUUCUUUCUGGCCAGAAAGUCGUUGAACUUGAUUUGGAUGCCAGAGACCAACUAACAAGAAAAGCAAAGGAUGUGAGCAUGGGUAAACGGGGACUAAAAGAUUUAGAGGACCCGCGGUUAAAAGGUGAAGUAAACAGUGUGGAUUUCGAGUCCAUACUUCAAAUUGCAGUGCUCUGUGUUGCCAAAUCAAGCAAAGGUCGUCCAACUAUCGAUGUUGUCUUCGAGGAGAUAGACAAAGUCUGGAAAAACACAUCAUCUGACAAGAAAGCGGCAGAACAAAGUACAUUAGCUGCAUUGCGGAGAUCCCAUUCAGUUGGUCAUGUUAUUCCAGUCUGAAAUGUGACACCGAAGUAUCUUUGCUUUGAAGGCUUAGUUAUUCUGUUGGGAGCAACUCACUUUUCAUUUUGCCUUUUUAAGAUCGAUUGACGUGCAGCUAGCAAGGCUGCUUCCUGUUUGUGAAACCACUUUUUGGUUCUUCAGAACAUUUGUGAUUAGUUGUAUUAUAUGGAUGUAAAAUUAUGAUAAGAAUGAUUCCACUAUUGUUGUCUGUUGUACAGAACACUCUUGAUUUUUCACUAUCUAGGACUCGUCACCUGUCGUACUAGAAUUUUGUUUCCUAUGUAGUUACUGUUUGUCUAUUAGUCUAGGACCCCGAUGUAUAUAAAUA